AUGUCUUCACCUUCAUGUUGCGAGACGAGUCCUCUCCUCCCCCCAACUCCCACACAAGAUGACCCCUCUUCAAAGCCUCAAGGUGGGGAAAUCCCCACUUCGCGCCGUCUGGCUACCGCCCUUCCCUACGUAAUUGUUUUUCUGGUCAUUGAAUUAUCAAUGAUGGUGGUGGAAACACCUCUAUACCCUAUACAGGAGGCAAUAAUUUGUCAAAAAUACUUUCCUGCCUCUGCAAAUGACGCAAGCGUGGACCCCAGAUGCAAGACUGAGAUCGUGCAAGCCGAGCUAUCCUUCCUCAAGGGCUGGCAGCUUACCAUAUCAUUGCUCCCGGGAAUGAUAACUGCCCUCCCAUAUGGGAUGAUGGCAGAAAAGUACGGUCAUAGAUUUAUUCUCGCUCUAUCCACAUUUGGGCUCGUGCUAACAGAAGCUUGCUACGUCAUUAUCUCUUCGUUUCCCGAUAUUUUUCCUCUUCGCUUAACGUGGCUUUGCGCUGGCUUGAGCAUAAUCGGUGGUGGGGUUUACGUCAAUGCGGCCAUGAUGUAUACGAUCGCAGCUGAUUUCUCGACUGGAGCGGAACGUUCUACUGUGUUUUUUUAUAUCAGCGCAAUUGGCUUGGUGGGUAAGCUAGUCGGCUCGCCAUUGACAUACGCCGCUAUGUCUCACGGGAAUUGGUUCGCGGUGUACAUCGGAAUGGGGUUCUUGUCAGCCGCUACGCUGGCAACGUUUUUUCUUCCCAGUACCGAUAGCAUAAAAUCCAUGCAGAGCAGCGAUGAGGAUAAUUCCUCUGACCUUGAUGAGUCGUCACCAGACCUGCAGAAGGAUUUUUUCGAUGGUGUCAAAAAGGCGGUCGCUUUGAUUCGAAUCAUGUUCUGGGAGAAUAAACAACUCGGUCUCCUGCUGUCGACAUUCCUGUUCACAUCGCUUGGCAAGAGUGUACCAACAAUUCUUAUGCAGUAUAUGACCAAACGAUUUCAAUGGACUUGGGCUGAGGCCAAUCUCUUAUAUCCAGUAACCGCCACCGUUCAGAUGUCCGUGGUCACCUUGGCUCUUCCCUUUAUCAGCCAGGUUUUCAUGCAGAAUCUGGGACUCACACCGAUCUCGAAGGACUUGUGGCUGGCACGCGCAGGCCUUAUUUGCCUGACCGUUGGAAUGUUCGGUAUGGGCCUAGCGAACACGUCCGUUGUCCUUAUCAUAAGUCUUGUUGUAUGUUCUUUGGGUUUUGGUUCUGACCCGGCCAUGCGUGGCCUGUUGGUCACGAUGGCGGAAGGGCAACCUACUAGCUUGCUUUUCACCACCAUGAGCGUGCUUGAGUGCCUUGGCCUGCUGAUCUCUGGGCCAUUGCUAGCGACGACUUUCAAGAUCGGCAUGGAGUGGGAGGGUGCAUGGAUUGGGUUGCCUUUUAUAUCGGCAGGGUGGUGCUUGGCUUGUGCGACGGUCAUUACUAUUGGUCUGCAAGACAUCUCCAAUCGCCACUCUAUGUAUAAAAUGAACUAG